UCAACAAUUCUUCUUCUUCUUCAGUGGAAAGCGAGAGCUUUCUCUAAUGGCGGCCACUCCCCUCGCUCGCUUCUCUUCUCUGAGGAUCUCUCAAUACGAUGCCAUUCCAUCAAAGCGUCGUUCGGGAAUCCCAAUCUCAGGAUGCUCCUCGCAGCUCCGGCCACCUCGAGUGGUGUCGGGGGAUCUUCGGCUCGAUUCCAAGGUUGAUGCCGUAUUGGAUAGUGUGAAAUGGGAUGACAAAGGAUUGGCAGUGGCCAUAGCCCAAAAUGUGGACACAGGAGCUAUUUUGAUGCAAGGUUUCACCAAUAGAGAAGCCCUUGCUACAACUAUUUCAUCACGCAAGGCAACAUUCUAUAGUCGGUCGCGGUCAUCACUGUGGACUAAGGGAGAGACUUCCAUGAACUUCAUCAAUGUGCAUGACAUUUUUCUUGACUGUGAUCGUGACUCUAUAAUAUACCUUGGGAAGCCUGAUGGACCGACAUGCCACACUGGAUCAGAGACCUGUUAUUAUUCUUCCGUUAAUGAUCUAUUGGGUGACAUUCAGACCAACAAAGAUCGUCUGGCAUCCACAACUCUCUAUUCUUUGGAAACUACAAUUUCUCAGCGUAAAGAUGAAAUAGAUACUGCACAAGAUGGAAAGCCUUCAUGGACAAAGAGGCUCCUGGUUGACAAGGAGUUGCUGUCUUCUAAAGUUAGGGAGGAGGCAGGGGAACUUGUGCAGACUCUUCUUGAGAAUGAGGACAAGUCUCGAACAACCUCAGAAAUGGCAGAUUUACUUUACCAUGCUAUGGUUCUACUAAAAGUGAAGGAUGUGAAGAUAGAAGAGGUCCUCGAGGUUCUCCGGAAAAGGUUUUCUCAAUCCGGGAUUGAAGAGAAGAGCAGCAGAGGUAGACCUUAUGCUAAUCCAUCCUCCUAAGUUCUAAGCUUAUUUGUGUUUGAUCAGAUGCUCAUGUGUUCCAAUCUUUAAGUGACCGUCCAUAUUUAUCAUGUUGUGAUGUAAUAUUAAAUGUUUGGGGAUUAAACAUGCUUUAUUCCAUGUUUUAUUUUACCUCUGUAAAAUUUUGAAAUCAAUGAGACUCUUGAAUUUUUUUCUUU